AUGGCCGCAACACCUCUCAUCACAUUCAAAGCUGGCAAAUGCGAUUUCAGCGGCCGUAAAGUCACGCCAAACCCAACGCCCGGCUACAUCUACCUAUACGAAGAGGAUGAGCUGCUGCACUUCUGCUGGCGGCCGCGUUCAGCACCUGCCACCGAACCUGAACUCGACCUCAUCAUGUUCCCACAAGACGGCCACUUCUAUCCACUGCUAAAAGAGCAAGGUGCUGAAGAGCUGCACUCCCCCACUACCGGCCGCAUCUUUGUUCUGCGCUUCACGUCCAGCAGUCAGAAGCACUUCUUUUGGAUGCAGAGCAAGGCGCAGUCACGGGAAGGACACUUGAGCUGGUUCAGCCAGCGGGAUCAGCGGAUUGGUCAAAUCAUCGAUGCGCUGCUGCAGGGCGAGGGUGUUGAUGUUGAGCGUGAGAUCCAGGACAUCCGGAACGGAGACGACAGUGCUGGUCCAAAUGGCGAUGCUGACGCCAUGGAGAUCGAUCACCAUGGCUCUUCAUUAGAGCGCCAAGAGACAGGUGGUGCCGGUGCCGAUGCCACAGGCGGCGACCCACGAGAGGAGGGCGAGGCAAGCAGAGAAGGCGGUGCAGAUGGAGGCAGAGCUGCUUCCUCAGGCGCACAAGACACAAACGCCAUUGUACAAAACUUCCUCAAUUCUCUCAAAGGCAGCGGUGGCAGCGGAUCACCACAAUCACAGCGCCAGGAUAAGCCCUUCACAACAUUGCCCGACCUCCUUCCGUCUUCAAUUACGACUGCAUAUCUAUCUUCGGCAUCACCGCAACAGAUCGAUCAUCUCUGCACAUAUCUACCUCCUGAGCUAUUUCUCCUUGGCCAGGAAUCGGAAGAGUCAACGUCAGCCACUGAGCCCAGCCCAGCCGCAACACAGGCAGCUAUUGAAGCUCUGUCGACAGCACAAAAGAAGGCCAUCCUUACCCGCGUGCUCCGAUCGCCACAAUUUCAUCAAAGUCUCGGAUCGUUGACGGUCGCUCUGCGUGAUGGCGGCCUUCCCAUGAUUGGCGAAGCAUUGCAAGUGAAGAUCGAGAAUGGAGGUCUCAUUCACGGCGGCAGUGUUCCCCUAGGUGGUGGCGACGCUGUCGAAGCAUUCGUCGAGGGUGUCAAAAAGACUGUAGAGGAGGAA